AUGACUUGUGGCUGCUUUGGAGCCAAAUCUGUUAAGGAAAGACGCCCUUCUAAUGUUCCUGGUGAAAUUGAUGGUUAUCCCCUUGAUAAUGUUAAGCAAUUUUCUGAUAAAGAACUGAGAUUGGCAACUGAUGAUUAUCAUUCAAGCAAUCAGAUAGGACGAGGAGGUUUUGGAACCGUUUACCAGGGAAUCUUAAGAGAUGGAAGGCGAAUAGCAGUGAAGACUCUCUCAAUUUGGUCAAAGCAGGGAGUUCGUGAAUUUUUGACAGAAAUUAAAACUUUGUCAAAUGUUAAACAUCCAAACCUUGUUGAAUUGAUUGGAUUCUGCAUCCAAGGACCUAGUCGUACAUUAGUCUACGAGUAUGUGGAAAAUGGGAGUCUCAAUAGUGCACUACUUGGCAAAAGGAAUGAAAGCAUUAAGCUAGACUGGAGAAAAAGAUCUGCUAUCUGUGUAGGUACUGCCAAGGGUCUUGCAUUUCUACAUGAAGAACUUUCACCACCAAUUGUGCACAGAGACAUCAAAGCUAGUAAUGUACUACUUGACAAAAAUUUCAACCCCAAAAUCGGUGAUUUUGGGUUGGCUAAAUUAUUUCCAGACGACAUCACUCACGUUAGCACAAGAAUUGCUGGAACAACUGGUUACUUAGCACCGGAAUAUGCAAUAGGUGGGCAGUUAACCAAGAAGGCCGAUAUAUACAGCUUUGGGGUUCUUAUACUUGAAAUAGUUAGUGGCAGAAGCAGCGCCAAAAGGACGAACGGAGGAGGAGGAUCACACAAAUUUCUCUUGGAAUGGGCUUGGGAACUUUAUGAGGAGAGAAAAUUGUUGGAGUUUGUAGAUCCUGACAUGGAAGAGUUUCCUGAGGAAGAGGUAAUGAGAUACAUGAAGGUUGCACUUUUCUGCACACAGUCAGCAGCAAGUAGAAGGCCUUUGAUGAUACAAGUUGUUGAUAUGCUAUCCAAGGCAAUCCAACUCAAUGAGAAAGAACUUACAGCACCAGGAUUCUUCACAGAUGGAGAAUCUUCUAGAAGGAACUCACGCCCCGUGGCUUCUACUACCUCUCAUGUUGCUAUUACUCAGGUCACCCCACGGUGA